CAGGUUUAAAAGAAUCAAACAAAAAGGAAGCAGUAUAUUUUAUUCUUGCUUCUUGAAGUAAAAAUGGUGACUUUUGUUCUGGGGACAGCAGAAGAGGCCACAGAAAAUCCAUUGAAUAACAAAGCUGUUGAUGCAGAAAAUGUAGUUAGUGGUGAUCAUGCAGAGAUUCCAGGUAGUAGUGCAAUAAAGGGCACAGAAGUUCCUAAAGAAACCUCUGCCAAAGAAAGAGAAUAUUGUCUUCCUAGUGAAGCAACUGAGAUACUGAAAUCAUUGGCAGCUAAAUGGGAGAAUGUAAUCGAUGUCAAUGCAUUGCAAGUAAUCCCUCUUAAAGGGGCAAUGACAAAUGAGGUUUUCCAGAUCAAAUGGAAGACAACAGAAGGAGAAUCCUCAAGAAAGGUUCUGGCAAGAAUCUAUGGUGAUGGUACUGCUAUUUUCAUUGAUAGGGAUGUUGAGGUCAAGACGUUUGAAUUUAUGUCAAAGAGUGGACAAGGGCCUCGUUUGCUAGGAAGGUUUGAUAAUGGUCGUAUUGAGGAAUUCAUCCACGCAAGGACAUUAUCAGCAUCUGAUCUGCGAGAUCCAUCCACUUCUGCUCUUAUAGCAGCCAAAAUGAAGGAGUUUCAUGAUCUUGAUAUGCCUGUUCCAAAGACUGUGAACCUUUGGGAUAGGUUAAGAGAUUGGCUUAAGGAAGCCAAACGCUUGAGUUCUCCUGAAGAUGUUGAAGCAUUUAAAUUGAACAGUUUGGACAAGGAAAUAUCUACUUUGGAACAAGAGUUAACAGGAACUAAGCAAUGCAUAGGAUUUUGUCACAACGAUUUGCAAUAUGGCAACAUAAUGCUUGAUGAAGAGUCCUGUUCUGUCACCCUUAUAGAUUAUGAAUAUGCAAGUUACAAUCCUGUGGCAUAUGAUAUAGCAAACCACUUCAAUGAGAUGGCUGCCAAUUAUCACACAGAUACCCCACAUGUUCUUGACUUCACUAAAUACCCUGAUUUGGAGGAGCGUCAACGAUUUGUACAAGCGUAUUUGAGUUCCUCAGGUGAGCAACCUAGUGACACUGAAGUACAACAAUUGCUUGAUGAAGUUGAGAAGUAUGCACUUGCAAGCCAUCUAUUGUGGGGCAUUUGGGGAAUAAUUUCGGUGCAUGUAAAUAAAAUUGACUUUAAGUACAGAGAAUAUGCAGAACAGAGGUUCCAACAGUAUUGGUCAAGGAAAACUCCUGUUGUGAGCUCUAAUGGCGCUUCCCAUGGGUUGCAAGCAGCAACAUCGACCACUCACCAUAAAUCAGGUAGGCUCAUUGGUAUCCCUAGGAGAUUGAAGAGAUUGUUUAAUCUUGGCUUUUUCAGAUCGAAACACUAGAGCAAGGUUUGGCAGAAUUUGUUCCUCGAUUGACCUUGAUGAGUUAAAUGGGAAUAGUUGUGAGAAAGUAUAGCAAUGUAAUACCUAUGUGUUAUUAACUUUUUUUUACUUUCUUCAUUCUUUGUAACUCUAUCUGGGGAAAUCCAUAACCUUAACUAGGAUAAAGAAACACUGUAAUUAUCAAUCUCUUCUAGUGAUGGUUAUUUUGAAACUGUUAUAAAAAAACUUU